AUGACUAUUGACAACGAACUGGACUUUAGUCGGUUACGUUGUCUCUUCAGACAACAACUAGACAAGGGAACUGUCUUGGAGACCAAGGACGUUGACCACAAGGCCUUGAUGCACCUGAUGGCACGCUACAAGUCAGAUCGGGAAGACUGGGCCAAAUAUGCUUUUGAGGACAAGAGCAUCGCAUACACCCGGAAUGGCGUGGAAAAUUUCGGUCCCAACGGCAACUUGCUGCUGCUUGUGUGGAAUCCAGGCCGCGGGUCGGCCAUUCAUGACCAUGCGGGCGCCCACUGUGUGAUGAAGAUUCUGAGUGGCGAACUUACCGAGGAGCUCUUUGACGGCGAGUCUUUAGAGCCCAUAAAAACAAGCACGUACCACGCGAAUGACGUGACCCACAUAGAGGACACUAUCGGGCUCCACAGAAUCACAAACAGAACAGAUAAGGUGGCUAUCAGUUUGCAUUUGUACACUCCUCCAUAUGCCGAGGUGUACGGGUGUCAUGUUUUUGAGAACGGCAAGAGACAGCAUGUGGACAUGGACUUGUAUAGCAGUGACGGCGUGUUGCUGGCGGGUCGGGAUGUUGCCAAGAAGGGAAGUAGCGAUAGAUAA